GGGAUUGGAAUGUUACCGACUCACAACGGAACAACUGAGCACUCGGUAAUUGGACACUGGACUCAAGGAAUUUGGUCUUUUCUCAACAUUUUCCCAGCUCGUCACCCGGUGUGAGGCCGGCGCUUGUUGCCCUCAUCUCGGCCGGAACAGUUUGCCUGCUGCGCGGCGCCCCGCCGCGAACCCCUUUAUCCUGAUAUUCCGAACCAAUUUGUGGGGAAUAAGGAGAGAAAUGCAGGGAUUCGUCCGGUUAUAGUUGGGCUGGUUCUGCUGCUGCAUCACUGGUUGCCGGAGCUCCUCUCUUCCUACACCACGCUGGACUGUACGGAGUAAUUCAUUGUGGAUGCCGACUCUUCUCCUCCUUCCCAGAGUUCACCUCCGCACCGGGACUCCGUGACUGCCGCGGACUCUCCGCAGGGAUAGUCCUCUCAUUCCGGUGUUUGGAUAGUUUCUCUCACGGUCUGAAUGAAAGUGAGCGGAGGCGCAGCAGCUCCGGCGGUGUAGGUGCAGGCGAACCCCGCUGCCAGGUUCCGAGCCACCAUGCAGAAACUCUACUUUAGAGGGAGGAAGCUGCAGUACUUUUAAAAUCGCCCACAUGCACUGGAUCAAUCGCGGGAUUCGGGAAGCGUUCACGCAGAAGGGCAGUUGGCGAUCCUUGGAGGCUGCCGGAGGAUGGAGCGCUGUCACCGGCGCUGGUGAGAGCCGAACUUCGGGCUGUUCAACACUUGAUAUUCCUACUCGACUGGUCCCAGAUCCCAAGACACAUGCAGGCCAAAAAACGCUACCUGAUCCUGCUGUCCGCCUCUGCGUGUUUGGUGCUUCUCUUUUACAUCAGAGGGGCUCAGCUUCCAGCGGCCAGUCGGCAUGAUCGCAGCCGGCCCGACCACCUCUGGCCUCACUUCUCGGACCCUUUACACCCCUAUCUGCCGUGGGACCAGGCGGACACCGAGGACUACAACCUGCACAUAUCUCUGAGGCAGAAGAGGGACGUCAACACGAGUGUUUACAAAGGCAAACGGUGCCGGAUGGACUCGUGCUUUGACUUUUCUCUGUGUCAAAGAAACGGAUUUAAAGUUUAUGUUUACCCGCAGCAGAAGGGGGAAAAGAUAUCAGAGAGUUAUCAGAAUAUUCUAUCAACAAUAGAAGGCUCUAGAUUUUACACUUCAGACCCUGGCCAGGCUUGUCUGUUUGUUCUAAGUUUGGACACUCUGGACCGGGACCAGCUGUCCCCUCAGUAUGUCCACAAUCUAAAAACCAAGGUUCAGAACUUGCCUUUGUGGAACGAUGGCAGGAACCAUCUCAUAUUUAACUUGUACUCGGGGACUUGGCCGGACUACACGGAAGAUUUAGGCUUUGAUAUCGGUCAAGCCAUGCUGGCCAAAGCCAGCAUCAGUACCGACAACUUCAGGCCCGCGUUUGAUGUGUCCAUCCCCCUGUUCUCCAAGGAGCACCCCAGAACUGGCGGAGAGAGGGGCUACCUGAAGUACAACUCCAUCCCUCCGUUUCGAAAGUAUAUGCUGGUGUUCAAAGGGAAACGCUACCUGACAGGCAUCGGGUCGGACACGAGGAAUGCGCUGUACCACGUGCAUAACGCGGAGGACGUGGUUCUCUUGACCACCUGCAGACAUGGCAAGGACUGGCAGAAGCACAAAGAUGCCCGCUGCGACAAGGACAACGCGGAAUAUGACAAGUAUGAAUAUAAAGAAAUGCUACACAACUCCACCUUCUGUUUGGUGCCUCGAGGCAGACGACUGGGCUCCUUUCGCUUCCUCGAAGCCCUGCAGGCUGCGUGUGUUCCGGUCAUGCUGAGCAACGGCUGGGAGCUUCCGUUCUCCGAGAUCAUCAACUGGAACACGGCUGCUGUCAUUGGAGACGAGAGGCUUCUGCUGCAGAUUCCUACCACGGUGCGCUCCAUCCACCAGGACAAGAUUCUGGCCCUCCGACAGCAGACCCAGUUCCUCUGGGAAGCUUAUUUCUCCUCCGUGGAAAAGAUUGUGCUGACCACUCUGGAGAUCAUCCAGGACCGAGUGCUGGAGCACAGUUCCAGGAGCAGUCUCAUGUGGAACAGUCAUCCUGGGGGCCUCUUUGCUCUGCCUCUCUUCUCGGGGCACCUGGGAGACUUUCCCUUCUACUACGCAACAUUGGGAAUUAAACCCACCACAAAGUUCACAGCAGUGAUUCACGCCGUGUCGCCACUGGUGUCCCAGUCCCAACCCAUCCUCAAGCUGCUGGUAGCUGUGGCCAAGUCCCAGUAUUGUGCACAGAUCAUCGUCCUGUGGAACUGUGACAAGCCUCUCCCUGCCAAACACCGCUGGCCUGCCACCUCUGUGCCCGUCAUCGUCAUAGAGGGGGAGAACAAGGUCAUGAGCAGCCGCUUCUUGCCAUACGAAAGCAUUGCCACCGAUGCCGUCCUCAGCCUGGAUGAAGACACCGUCCUGUCGACCACAGAGGUGGACUUUGCCUUCAUCGUCUGGCAGAGCUUUCCGGAGCGGAUCGUUGGGUAUCCUGCUCGCAGCCACUUCUGGGACGGCAACAAGGAGCGAUGGGGAUACACCUCCAAAUGGACCAACGACUAUUCCAUGGUGCUGACCGGAGCUGCUAUCUAUCACAGGUACUACCACUACCUGUACACCAACUACUUGCCUUCCAGUCUGAAGAACAUGGUGGACCAGUUGGCAAACUGCGAGGACAUCCUCAUGAACUUCCUGGUGUCGGCCGUCACCAAGCUGCCGCCCAUCAAGGUCACGCAAAAGAAACAGUACAAGGAGACCAUGAUGGGGCAGUCUUCCAGGGCGUCCCGCUGGGCAGAUCCGGAUCACUUUGCUCAGCGGCAGACCUGCAUGAACAAGUUCGCCAGCUGGUUUGGCGCCAUGCCCUUGGUCCACUCUCAGAUGAGGCUUGACCCAGUUCUGUUCAAGGACCAGGUUUCCAUCCUGCGCAAGAAAUACAGGGACAUCGAGAGGCUCUGACAGGACCAAGGUCCCCACAAGGAAUCCCCCGGUGAGGGCAGGAAGCUCGCUGAAGAGCAGGGGAGGUUGUCCAGCCACAACCGGUCACAUGGCCGAUGACUACAGCGCUGCUGAAAUGUGUGAAGUGACAAAGAGGAACUUUUUAGAAUUUCAAAUGGGACGAGACAAAGUGAAGGACAGUGGGCGAGCCGCUGACCUCCUUCAGCAGAGUAUUUUUUUGUAUAACAUGAACAAUGUGUCGGCACAUGUGCAAGAAACUUCUGGAGACGUAAAGUGAUCUGGAGUCUGGUGACCCAUGAGCAGUCGCCCUCCGCCCACACCCUCGCGCGUCCGCGUUCAUCUCCCUGAAAAUAUCAGCUGGUUUGAUUUCUGUACAAAUCGGCUGUGUGUUUGCCAUUUUAGGUUUGUUGUGUGUUUGCAAAGAAAUGUCGCCAUCAACAAAUCACCACACAUCACGACUGUAAUUGCCUUAAAGUUAUAAAUUUGGCCUUUGAAAGUUGAUUCAAUUUCGUCAAGUCUGGCUGGGGAAGAAGCCGCUGGUGAGACCCAACCUGAGCUAAUAUCUCCAAGGAAGAAAAUGAUUCUGAGGCCAAAAUGGAAUGUUUUAGAUGGAGUUUGUGGAGGCCGUGACGACAGUGUGUGGGCAAAAUGACACCAAACGCAUUUUUGGAUCAUAUCUUAACAUGACCGGCUAAUUUUGCACCGUUGGUUUUUCAGUGCCAUUUUUGACCGUGGAGUCUGCCUUUAGAAUUCAGUUGUCAUGUUCCGGUGGCUUCUGUUGUCACAUAUCAAGCCCAUUAGAGCCGAGCGGAAAGGUCCACACGGGCUUCGGUCGAAUAAACCGCUUUCAUGCCGAGCGUUUUUGAAUCCCCGCUGGACGAGCUGUUGAUGCAACACUCAGACUUCACGGACCAUUGUUUUGUUAAAGCAGCGACCCGUAAACAUGACCCGCCGGCUAAUGCCGUCCGUCCCUGGCGUCACACCAUCGCCCACUUUCGCUCACAUUACCGCUCAACCCUAACAGCGUGACAUUUCCUAACCGUAAAUUACGUACAUUUGAGGGAGCCUAUUGCUGGCAGCAUCAAAAUGAAAAGCCACGAUGAGCUGUUGUUUUCUGUCGGAGACCCAUCGCAGCCGUGCGUCAUUUGUUCCCCGUGCAGUCGGCUCUCGGAUUCAGUUUUGACACUUGAAUGAAGCAGCCAGCUUUUAGUGGCCUUUCUCUCUGACGGGCGAUCAAACCAAGCUCUUUAUCAGUGUCUAUCAUCCGCAAUAACUCAUGCAUUGUUUUCCUACCAUUUAUGUUCUACUUCUGUGUCAUAUCUGCAGGAGCGCCCACACUUCCGUGCCUGUAACACGGGCUGGAAGCUUCGCCUUGCUCUUGAGAGUUUGGUCACACAAAACCCUCCCACUGUGAUUUCCAUCAGAGAUUGGGGCUAAAUUGUGCUAGAUAAUCUUCUAGUGAAGAUAACCGCCAAUAAUUCCCCAUCUGAAAAGGUAGAUUCUCUCAGCACUGCUGUGAGCUUGAUCAUCGGCUUACAUACUGUUAGCUGUUACCAUAUCUAAGUCUGUGUGUGUGUGUGUGUGUCCACUUCCGUUGGUCUCUCUGAUGUGUCGGGGGAACAACAGCUAGCAUGCGCUAAUUCAAUAUACUCUGUGAACACAGAAGUGUGGACGCCCAACACAAACACCCAUCAUGCCUUUGCUUUUUUAUUUGUUUGAACUCAAAUGUCAUGUUUGUUGUUAUUGUUGUUUCCAGCGGGACGCGUUUGCCGGCAGAGAUUUGCUCAUAAAUAGCAGGGAAAUUUUUUUUCAUCCAGCCCCUUCUUUUCAUCCAGGUUGUGUCCACCCCUAUCUGACUGAGUCUCCGACAGCACGUCCCUCAGCUUUGCAGAGAUUACAGAGCAGCGAUAACAAAGCCCCCUCACUGUACAUAGAUAUAUUUAUUUUGUAAAAUAGCAGCCGAGCAGAAGACCAGUCCUGCAUCGCUGAGGGAAAUUAAUCAUGUUUGUUUGCCGGCACGCGCCGCGCUAAUUCACUUAGCUGCGAGUGCUGCUUCAUUCUGCACUGGUUUUCCUGGGGACGUCCGUCACCUCAGGGCCGUGGUGGAGUUAGAACUCAAACCAGGGAGGAGUCAAACCUUCUGAUCGAAUGUGGUCAAAUAUUGUGAAUCUGGAGGUUCAUCUGUCUUUACAACCUGCAGGCGAAGAAGAUCUUGUUUUUUUGUGCCAAAAAGGCCUAAAAGGUGGAGGAUAAUCAAAGCUACAUUCAGCUCUCAAGUGUUCUGCCACUGAAGGAUCAUGGGAAGUGAUUCAGUGUCAAUGCAGUCUCAAUUUAGUGUUUAUUAUUUUGUUAUGUUUUGAAGCCCACACAGACAUUUUUUUUAAGAUCCUUGUUCCUUUUUAAGAUUUACUUUUUCAUGGUUAUUUUUAAAGUCUCCUAUCAAGAUUAUCCUUUUUAAUUUAUUAAGAAUAUUGCUGUCAUAAAGUGAGGAUGUUUUAGUGUCGUCUCUCAUGCUUUUAAAAAUACACUCUCUUCUCUCUCUGGUCAAAACUAUUCUCAUCUACAUUUUCAUGUAGUUCAUUUUCUUCUAUUCCAUUGGCAAAUUCUGUAGCUAGUAAAUGCAUUUUGUCCAGCGAUCGACGAUUUCUUUAAUUUUUCAAUGUUUUGAUUACAUCAAUAUUUGAACGAAAACACCAUUGAACAUGAGAAUCUUCACACACAGUAAAGUCUCACUGUAAAAAUGAGUCCAUGAAUGGAAAUCUUCACUUGACCCAAAUUCGCAGACAUGUUUAGAAAGUCAUUCCUCUUUCUGAAAGGGCGUCGGUACAGACGCUUUGGUGGGUCACCAGGAGAACUGCUGCACCUUUGACUUUCCCAUCAACCGCGGAAGGUUUAUCACACAAAUAUCCUAUUCCUGAUUUGUGCCUUCAGAGUUCAAACAUUUCAUUCAUACACUGGACGUGCCGCAUCUCUCUUGUCGUGUUUGUGUCUGGACACGGUUGCUCGGGCAACAACGCAUGACCACUUAUUUUGGUUUUCCAUUGGGGUCGGGGGGUUAUUUAUCAGUGACAGUCAGUCUGUAAAUGUGUUGGGACUCGGACGUCCUGCCGCCACCUCCUCCCUCUGCCAUGUCAUAUCAGACUUUUAUAGAGGUCACAGAUGAUAGAUUAAUGCCAAUUUUGUAAGAAUGAUUUAUAAAAAAAUAAAGUCAU